AGAAGGAGAAAGAUCCCAAGGACUAGGAUAGCCCUUCCUGCUCAUGUAUUUCAAGGUUGUGCAGAGUACUCACCUCAGCCCGAGGAGUUGCCACCCGGUCCAAAACAGGCAGUUCGGCUGAAAUGCUUUUACUGAAGACAAAGGAGACAACAGGGAGUUGCAGGAUGGCUAUGACUGACGUGCUCAGCGCUGAGGAUAUCAAGAAGGCUGUGGGAGCCUUUUCAGCAGCUGAAUCUUUUAACUACAAGAAGUUUUUCGAGAUGGUAGGAUUGAAAAAGAAGAGCCCAGAAGAUGUGAAGAAGGUUUUCCGUAUUCUUGAUAAGGACCGGAGUGGCUUCAUUGAAGAGGAGGAAUUAAAGUUUGUACUGAAGGGCUUUACCCCAGAUGGCAGAGACCUAUCAGACAAAGAAACAAAAGCUCUUCUGGCUGCUGGAGAUAAGGACGGUGAUGGUAAAAUUGGUGCUGAUGAAUUUGCAACUAUGGUGGCUGAAUCAUAA